AUGGCUAUUCCCACAAAGCGUCAAGAUGAGGAUUGCAUCCUCGACACUGUUCGCAACAACCCAACACGUGGGGAUGUUUUAGAUGCCAUCGACCAGUGGAACACGGAUGUCAAUCACGUCAACCACUUCCUCGAUACCUUCCACACGCUCGGAAACUCCACAGCCAUUCAAAACGCCGCCACGAAUGUCCUGCAAUUUGCUAAAGACGAGCCGUGCCAGCUCGCUACUCUCUCCAAUAUCGCCGACUUCCAGAACGGCGAUGGCCCUAACGCGUUCGAGUGCGCGCUCGAGGACCUCGGAGAAGUGUUUGAGACACGUGUCCUGGACAACAUCAGGAAUAUCAUCAUGAGCCCGAGCAACAAUGUCACCGUUCAGCAUGCCGUUCACGACAUCAACAUCUUUAGAUGCUGCAAUGUUCUGCCGGAUCUGGACAUCCUCUGGCGGGACAGCGCAUCGGAUAAAAACCUCAACCAAGUUCCUGUUUCGCCGGCCAGGCCUAAUGCCUGCUAUUCGUACAACUGUUCAGCCGACCCUCUUGCAUCGGUUUGCAAGGCGGAGAGAAACUAG